UCUGUCUUCUCACCCAGAACAGCUGCUGCCUUCCUGCCUGUCCCACUGAGCUGCUGCCACCAUGAGCUUCUCCACCCAGAGGGUCUCCUCGUACCGCCGUACUUUCGGCGGUGGGGCAGCCACUCCUUCCUUCCCAUCCCCUUCUUUCCCAAGGGCUUCCUUCGGCACCAAGGGUUCUUCUGCCAGCUCCAUCUCCUCUCGGGUAUACCAAGUGUCCCGUAGUGCCGCAGUGCCCACCCUUUCUAGCUUCCGCGCAUCCUACUCAGCCCCAAUGCGUUCGGCCUAUCAAGGUGCCGGCGAAGUCCUCGACUUUUCCCUAGCUGAUGCCAUGAACCAGGAAUUCCUGCAAACCCGUACGAAUGAGAAAGUGGAGCUGCAGGAGCUCAAUGACCGCUUCGCCAAUUACAUUGAGAAGGUCCGUUUCCUGGAGCAGCAGAAUGCCCUCAUGGUGGCUGAAGUCAACCGACUCAAGGGCAAGGAGCCCACGCGCAUCGCCGAGAUGUAUGAGGAAGAGCUGAGGGAACUGAGACGCCAGGUGGAGCUGCUGACUAAUCAGCGAGCGCGGGUGGAUGUGGAAAGGGACAACCUGAUAGAUGAUCUCCAGAAGCUGAAGCAGAGGUUGCAAGAGGAAAUCCAUCUUAAAGAAGAAGCAGAAAACAACUUAGCUGCUUUCAGAGCUGAUGUUGACGCAGCCACUCUGGCCCGUAUUGACUUGGAGAGGCGUAUCGAAUCAUUGCAGGAAGAAAUUGCUUUCCUCAAAAAAGUGCAUGAAGAAGAAAUUAGAGAAUUUCAAUCCCAGCUGCAAGAGCAACAAGUCCAGGUAGAGAUGGAUGUGUCGAAGCCAGAUCUGACCGCAGCACUGCGUGACAUCCGUGCCCAGUAUGAGAACAUCGCUGCAAAGAACAUCUCAGAAGCAGAGGAAUGGUACAAAUCUAAGGUGACUGACCUGACUCAGGCAGCAAAUAAAAACAACGAUGCCAUUCGCCAAGCCAAGCAGGAGAUGAUGGAGUACCGGCAUCAAAUCCAAUCAUUCACCUGUGAGAUUGAUGCGCUCAAGGGCACGAAUGAAUCUCUGAUGAGGCAGAUGAGGGAGAUGGAGGAGCGCUUUGCUGGCGAGGCCGGCAAUUACCAGGACACAAUCCAGAGGCUUGAAGAGGAGAUCAGGCAUUUGAAGGAUGAGAUGGCACGGCACCUGCGCGAGUACCAGGACCUGCUCAAUGUCAAGAUGGCUCUUGACGUUGAGAUUGCCACUUACCGCAAGCUGCUGGAGGGUGAAGAGAGCAGAAUUUCACUGCCCAUUCAAACUUUUUCUGCCAUCAACUUCCGAGAGACCAGCCCAGAGCAGAGGAGCUCUGAGGUCCAUACCAAAAAAACAGUGACCAUCAAAACGAUCGAGACACGUGAUGGGGAGGUGGUCAGCGAAGCCACGCAGCAGCAGCACGAAAUGCUGUAGGUCUUGUAACUCCCAGAGCGACUUGACCCAUCUCAACCCUCUCCUUCUCGUGUGCAAAAAAUCAGGGGAUGCCGGUUCCCACACCUUCUCCCUCACACCCCUUUUGUAAGAGCGCCACUGGAGAACCUCACCCGCCCAACUGAAUGUACAAGAAGACCUCUGUUCCCCAAAGCCUCUCUCCUUCGGCUCCCUUUCUGCCCUUCCUUUUCUUUUCUUUCUUUUUUGUUCUUUUCUUUUCCUGCCCUUUGGCAGGAGGAGGGCAGAAAGAGAGGUGCAGCUGUGUGUGUGUGUGAGAGAGAGAGAGAGGGUGGUGGUGGUGGUAUUCACUUACCUUCCCUACUGGUUUGCAAGUGUGAGAGCACUCGCUCGCUACGCUUGCACACGCCCAUCAGCACAUGCGCUCAGCCUUCCGCGCAUGCGCUUUGGCUAAAAAAAAGGGCCUAAAUGGGAUGGCAUAGAGCCGGAGCGAGUGGGGAGGGCCACCCGUGAUUUCCGCUAUCGGUUCGGGUGAGCCGGUACGAACCGGCAGAAUACCACCUCUGGUGUGUGUGUAUGUGUGGUAUGUGCAUGCAUGUGCUAGACGUGAGGCUUCCUGCCCCUGUACAGGGUCUGACAUUGCCUGAAAAGAAAACUCCCAUCUGCCUUUACAUGGUCACACGUGCCCCGAGCCACAUAUGUGUGUGCUCUGAUAGUCAUGUGUAGUUACAACCCCAACCUGACUGUGAGUUCCUGCCCCUUCUGGGUCCGCCUGCUGCAGCAGUAAUGAGAGCUCCCUGCAGGCCAUGCACAGACAGAGGAGAGGGGAGGACGUGUGAGCAUAGCCCAGAGAAUGAGGCUGAGUCACCUGCCCAGUCUUGCCUCCGGGACCAAAGCCACAGAGUUGCUCCUACCCUCAGGGAGCAGGACUCCUUGCUUGUGGGUGGGUGAUGCUUGCCUCUCUAAGCUCAGUGAUUGCCCCUGUCCCUUUUGCUAUGCUACUGAAGCUCUGUUGGACAAAGUUUUCCCCUUCCUGUCUUGGGGGUAAUCCUACAAGUGUAGGCUAGGAAAAUUAGGAUCUCUACAGGAGAAAGUGAGCGAGGCCUCUCAGAGUAGAAGAUUUGGGCCCAGAAGGGGACAAGCCCUCCCACAUUCCUGCUGUGAAGUGAAGCUCCUAAUUAGGGAGGUGGGAUAUAAAGGCCACCAGGAAAAGGAGCAAGAUGCCAGGGGCAACACACCCACUAGUGAAAGCUUCUGUGCCUGGAGUAUGAUCCCUUGCCACAUCCCAAGUCCGUCCCACAGGGACUGCUGAAAGGCCUGCAAAAGAUUGUGCAGAAGAGAAGGAACUGGCAGGUGAUCAGGUGAUAGAGAGAGCGAGAGAGCAAAGAACAGUUAGUAAUUGUGAAUGAAUGGAGAGAGAGGACACAGAGAGAGAAUGAAUACUCCUAGCCCUACACCCCCAACACAAUACUGGUCCUGCAAAGAGAUAAAUAAACUACGCAGCACAAAACUUG